GGAAAACUGAAAGACAACUGAUUACAGUUGGAUCCCAGGCUUCUGGCUCUGAUUGCCCUGAUGCCCAAGAGCUAACAUGCAGUCGGCAGACAGAACCACAUAAGGUACAUGUGUGUGAAAUAACACGAAUGAAGUGUGCACGUUCAAGACAGAAGAAUGCUGCUCCUGAGCAGUCUUCAGAUGGGCUUAACGGUAUAUGUCAGUCAUCCGCUGCUUCAGCUGAGGUUUUACUGGACAGCAGUGAUUCAGACAUUGAUCUCUCUGCUGCUUGUGGCAGUGAAUACCAGUCCAAGUGCUCCAUUGCACCUUCAAAGCAAAAAAGAUCUCAGUCUUCAAGUCAAGCUGAACCUGUUGCAGGAGUGCCUGACAAUGAAAGCUCUUCAGAUUCUUCUCUGUCCCCUCAAAAAACAGUGGAAUCACCAGAAACUUCCAAGAAGCAGAAGUCAAAACUCAAUUUGAAAGCCAUUUUUGCCUAUCACUUCAGGGGAAAGAAGUUUAAGGCUGCUGCACACCGAAAAUACAAAUGUGUCUGGAGGAGGAAGAAGAAGAAGAAGAAGAAUAACAACAAUGAGAGCAGACAGAUGCCUAUGGGGAGGCGACCACUGACAGCCUCACCUCAAGAGCAAAAGAGAAGGCUUCUAGACAGAGGUUUACAAUUUCCUUUUGUUGAAGAACAUUAUGGGAAGAAACAUAUUCCCUUAAAGAUGGUUCUUGGCUAUGAGCAAGCAGCUGCAAAGGGCUAUUUGCAGUACAUUGAAGUGCUUAAAUAUGAAGAACAUCUUAAAAAAGCUUUAAAAGCCCUUCAGGCGAGUGAAGACUUAGAAAGAGAAUGUCUGGCAGUACGGAAACACAAAUAUUUAGAUGAUGAAGGCCCCAUUUCACCUAUUCAGGAGAUGAAUGAUGAUGAUGACAGCUUGAAUUCUGGUAAUGAAGAUGACUUUGAUGCCAGAGUAGUGGAGAACAGCUCUUUCAUUAUAAGCAGCAAAAUUCCCAGUAAGAAAAAAUCAAAGCCAGGAACGAAAUGUGCAAAAUCAGAGAUCAAAGUAGAGGAGGAAGAUGAUGCUGCUGCUCAGAACUCUGGGCUUCUGCAAGGCUCCCUUCAGUGA